GCCCCGCUCCAGCUGCACGCAGGGGCCCAUCGGCUGGCGCGGGUCAGACGGCGACACCUUACACCGCAGACGGCGAGGAAACACUCACCCUAACCCCGCCACACUCCGGAUGAAUAAAAGAUGCCCACAAAAGAGAAAAAACCAACAGAAACCGAAGAUAGGGAUGACGAAGGAGAGGAGAAGGAGCCAACGGCAAAAGAAAAGAGUAAGAGGGACGCAAAGACAAGACAGAAGAGCUCCGAGGAGAAGAUAGAGAGUGCUGAGACACCUACAGAGAAGAGACAAAAGAGUGAAUCUGUGAAAGAGAAAAAGAAAAAGAAGAAAAAAGAAGAUGUGGAUUAUGCUGAGGUCUACCAGGAAGAGCUGCUGAGCUAUCACACGGAGGAAUCGGAUGAUCAAGAAGAUGAAUUCAACAAAAAGAAAGUGUACGAGGUGGUGACCAUCACAGGGGAUGUUAAAGGCGCUGGGACUGAUGCUAAUGUAUUUGUCACCAUGUAUGGAGAGUUUGGAGUGACUCCCAAAGUUCACCUGGCCAGCAAGAGCAGAACAGCCUUUGAAAAGAACAAGACUGACGUCUUUCGGAUCAAAACGCACAAUGUUGGACCAAUAAAGAAAAUUAGAAUCGAGCAUGACAGCACUGGCAUGAGUGCCAGUUGGUUCCUGGACCGGGUCAUCGUGACUGACAUGAACAGGCCACACCUCCGAUUCUUUUACGCCUGCAACAAUUGGCUGAGCAGAGACGAGGGGGACGGACUUACUGUCCGAUAUCUGUUGGGUAGCCUGAACCCCAUGGACAUCCCAAAACAGAACAAGUACAUAGCCAGUGUCUUCACAAUGGAUGCUAAAGGCAGUGGGACCGACGCUGAUGUCUACCUCAGUGUUUUCGGCGAGUUUGGGGAUACAGGAGAACGAAAACUGGCCAGUGAUGGAAAAGACAAUUUUGAGCGCGGUAAUGAAGACAAAUUCACCAUCGAAGCACCAAAUCUUGGCAGACUUCGAAAAAUCACCAUCGGACACAAUAACAAGGGGUCUUCUGCUGGCUGGGCAUGUGAUAAAGUUGUAGUAGAUGACAUGGGGAAUAAGGAGGUUUAUGAUUUUCCUGUCAAUGCUUGGUUUGACAUCUCAGAAGGGGAUGGCAAAAUACAAAGAGAUGUGCUUGCCGGAGCCACGCAGCCAAUGUCGAUUGUGUAUAACGUACAGGUGAUGACGGGUGAUAUUCGUGGAGCCGGCACUAACUCUAAGAUCCACUUUGUCAUGCACGGUCGUAAAGGAAUUAAGAACAGCGGUAAGUUGUUCCUGGAGGGCGGCACGUUUGAGCGCGCUCAGAUCGACAUCUUUAACGUCGAGCUGCUGGAGCUGCUCAGCCCGCUCAGCAGAGUCACAAUCGGACACGACAACGCUGGGAUCAGCUGCGGCUGGUAUUGCGAAAAGGUGACGGUAUACUGCCCGUUCACAGGUUUAGAGCAGGUAUUUCCCUGCGGCAGGUGGUUGGAUGAAGAUGAGGGUGAUGGACUAGUGGAGCGAGAACUGUAUGAGAUGGUCUCACUCAGACAGAAAAAGCAAAAGAAAUUCCCCUGGUCUCUGUGGAUCUGGACGUCUGAGAUUAAAGGUGCAGGCACAGAUGCCCAGGUGUUCCUGCAGGUGUACGGAGAGAAGGGCAAGAGCGACGAGAUGAAACUCGAGAGCAAAUCGGACAGUUUUGAACAGGGACAGUGCGACAAGUUCAUUAUUGAGAUGGCCGAUAUCGGGAAGAUACGCAAGCUGAGAAUUUGGCACGAAAAGAGGAAUCCUUUCUCUGGCUGGCAUCUUGGCAGGGUGACAUUGAUGAAGACCCUUACUAGGGAGAAAUGCUCAUUUGUUUGUAACCGUUGGUUGGACAUCAAUGAAGAUGACAAUGAGAUCGUUAGAGAGCUGCCAGCUACUGGAAAACUUGUGCCAGAAGCUUUACCACUUAUUAAGUAUCGUGUGACGAUUUGCACGGGAAACAUCAGCGGAAGUGGAACAGAUGCCAGUGUUUAUUUAAACAUUAUUGGUGACUUGGGAGACACUGGAGAGCGUCUGAUGUUCAUGAGCAAAAACAACGCCAACAAGUUUGAGAAAGGAAAUCAUGAUGAGUUCCUGGUAGAGGCGGUCAACCUGGGACUGAUCAGGAGGGUUCGGAUUGGUCAUGACGGACGAGGCGGAGGAUGUGGUUGGUUCCUAGAUAAGGUGAUGAUCAGAGAGGAGGGGCAACCUGAGGCGUCAUCCAUCGAGUUCCCAUGUUACAGGUGGUUGGAUCGUAAUGAAGAUGAUGGGCAGAUUGUAAGAGAGUUAGUCCCUACUGAUGAUGGUCAACGUUUGUUUACUGUUGGUUAUCACAUUGCGAUAAAGACGGGCAGUAUUAAUGGUGCCAGCUCAGAUUCGAAGGUGUUUGUAAAGCUGUAUGGAGAGAAAGGCGACACCAACAAGAUGCUGCUGGUCGUCUCCGAUAAUGACCUGGUGAACUAUUUUGAGACGGGACAGACGGACAUCUUCACCAUAGAGACCUUUGACAUUGGCAAUCUGAUUGGCCACACUAACGAGGGUCUGCGAGCCGGUUGGUUCCUGGACAGUGUUCAGAUUUGGGUGUCGGUGCACGGGGUGCAGUACAUGUUCCCCAGUCACCGCUGGCUCUGUAAAGACGAGGCUGAUGGGAAGGUGGAGGUGGAAAUCUAUCCUAGUGAGACACUGGAGAUAGAGAAAUUGAUCAAUUAUGAGGUUACCGUGGUGACAGAUGCCGGGACAGAUGCAAACGUUUAUGCAAUUCUUUACGGAACCAAAGAUGACACUGGGAUCAUUAAUCUAAAGGCGUCUAAGAACCAUAGGAACAAGUUUGAGUUGGGACUGAUUGACGAGUUCACCAUAGAGGCAGUGGACAUCGGAAAACUCAAGAGAAUCCGUAUCGGACACGACAACGCAGGUGUGUCUCCAGGCUGGUUUCUGGAUUGGGUAGAGAUCGAUGCUCCGUCUCUUGGUCAGCUGCUGCGGUUUCCAUGUGGCCGCUGGCUGGAUAAAGGAAAAGACGAUGGUGCCAUUGACAGAGACCUGUACCCUAAUGAACUGCAGACAGUGCUGUACACACCCUUUGUUCCCUAUGAGAUUAAAAUCUUCACCAGUGAUAUAUUUGCUGCGGGAACGGACGCAGACGUCUUCAUCAUUCUGUACGGGCAGAACGGAGUGUGUACGUCUCAGAAAUCUCUCUGCGUUAAUAAGAGAGAGAGGAGGAUGUACUUUGAACGAGGGGCGGAGGACAUGUUCAUCGUAGAGUUGGAGGACAUUGGUGAUAUCAUUGAGAAAAUCCGUAUCGGUCACGAUAAUCGAGGGGUGAAUCCUGGCUGGCAUUUAGACCGUGUGGAAAUUCGCAGGCUGCUUCGGAAAGGAAAGGGCUCUGAGACGGCGAUAUUCCCUUGUGAGGGAUGGUUAGCUCGCUCGGAGGAGGACGGCGAGACCAUUCGAGAGCUGGUGCCGUCUGACAUCAUCGUGGAGAAACUUUCACGAGACGGAACCCUCAAAGUCAUCGAGACAGAGGUGGACGACGCGCUGGAGAUACACACGUAUACAAUGGCGGUGACCACCGGGGACGUGUAUGGCGCGGGAACCGAUGCCAACGUGUUCAUCACUCUUUACGGAGACAUGGGCGAUACUGGAGAGCGUAAACUCAGCAAGUCUGAGAACAGCAACAAGUUUGAGAGAGGAUCGGUGGACACAUUCACUCUGGAGGCUGUGGAUCUGGGCCAGGUGUUCAAGAUCCGAGUUCGCCAUGACAACAGCAUGCUGAGUGCUGAUUGGUAUCUGGACCAGGUGGAAGUGGUGGACCAAGAUACGGAGGAAGUGUUUUUGUUUUUGUGUGAACGAUGGCUUUCGAGAAAGAAGGAGGACAAACGGAUCGACAGGGUGUUCUAUGUUAAGGGGUAUGAGGGAGAGCGAGAGACAGCCUUCUGUCCAAUUAAAAAAGUGACAAAUCUGGACAGCAACAUGAACAAGAAAAACAAGAAGCGACAUUCAGAAAAAGAAGACGAUGAAGGAUCAUUAAUUCCCUACCACUUCUCGGUGACGACGGGGUUGGAUCGGGAUGCUGGGACGAGUAUAAUUCCCUACCACUUCUCGGUGACGACGGGGUUGGAUCGGGAUGCUGGGACGAGUAGCCGAGUGUAUGUCAUCAUCAUAGGAAAGAAGAACAAGAAGACAGAACACCUCUGGCUCGACUUGGAUGGGAAAAACGGAUUCAUGCCUGGAUCCUUGGAUUACUUUACCUGUUUCGGAACUGAUGUUGGCGACAUCAAGAAAGUGGAAUUGGGUCAUGAUGGGGCGACUCCAGAGAGCUGCUGGUUAGUGGAGGAGUUGACUGUCGAGGUGCCGACUAAAGCAGUGCGCUACCUGUUUCCAUGUAAAUGCUGGUUGGCCAAAGACAGAGGAGACGGUCUCACCGCCCGCUUCCUAGAUGUGCAGGAUGCAGAAACUGUUAAUAUCCCACAGAAGGUGAUCUAUGAGGUGACGGUGAUAACAGGAGAUGUCCAGCACGCAGGUACAGACACACAGAUCUACAUGACUGUGUUUGGAGUCUACGGCACGUCAGAGGAAAUGCUGCUGCCAAAAUUAGAGGACAGGUUUGAACGAGGGCAGAAAGACACAUUCAAUCUGGAGAUUGAGGAUAUCGCUUCUUUGAGAAAGAUGAGAGUGCGUAUAGAUGGUUCUGGAAGCAGACCCGACUGGUUCCUGGAUAAGAUUGAACUGCAUAACCUGCAGACGGAUGAAGUGGCAUUAUUUACGUACGAGGAAUGGCUGUCUCGCUCAUACGGGCCCAAGCGAACGCUCCUCUGCGAGAUGCCUGCCGUGAUAAAUGACGAGGAAAUGGUGGAGCUCACCACCUACACCGUUUCUGUGAAGACCAGCGAUGUAACUGCGGCUGGAACCGAUGCUAACCUGUGGAUGAUUAUUUUUGGUGAGAACGGUGACACUGGAACACUGACUCUGAAAGAAAGCAACAACACCAACAAGUUUGAGCGCAAACAGAUGGACACUUUCCGUUUCUCUGACAUCCUCAGCUUGGGCGAGCUCUCCAAAGUGCGCAUUUGGCACGACAACUCAGUUCUUGCUGCUGGUUGGCACCUGGAGUAUGUGGACGUGCACGAUGACAUCUUGGAGAAGAAGUUUCGUUUCCAGUGUGAUCGCUGGCUCGCCAAGAACGAGGGUGAUGGACAGAUAAUGAGAGAGCUGGCGUGUGCCAACAACGAUGCAGUGGAUUUCGAUGAAAAAACCAAAUAUGAGAUCCUGGUCACGACAGCAGAUGCAGAUGAUGCUGAAACCAAAGAAAACGCCUGGAUCGUUUUAGAAGGGAAGAAAGGACGUUCCAAAGAGUUUAUGAUGGAGAACUCGACUAAAAAGAAGCGUUUUUUACGAGGCGCUUCGGACCGCUUUGAGUUCUCCUCCAAGGAGCUGGGAGACAUCGCAAGCAUCUGUCUGGGACACAUCCCUAAAGAUGGCAAGAAAGUUAAAGCUGAAGCCUCCUGGUUUGCGGAAGAGGUUGUUGUCACGGAGAAGGAGCUGGGCAAUAAGUAUAUUUUCCGUUGUGACACCGCCAUCCCUCUUUCCUCAAAACGGGACGAGUUCCAGACCUUCGAGUGCAGCAAGUUCAUCGAGAGCUUCACCAGCAAGGCCCAAAGCCUCGUACCUGUAAAAUACGAGCUCAUUGUUAUCACGGGCGACGACAAGGGCGCAGGCACUGACGCCAACGUCUUCAUCACCAUCUUCGGCUCCAACGGCGACUCCGGUCAGAGGCAGCUUACCAAGAAGUUCCAGAACCUAUUUGAGCGCGGCCAGACAAACCGGUUUAUUCUAGAACUGCUGGACCUGGGCGAUCUGCUCCGCAUGCACGUGGAACACGAUAACUCCGGACUCAGUCCCGGGUGGCUCCUGAGCAGGAUCGAGAUUACAAACACGGCCAACGCUGUGACCACGAUCUUCAUUUGUGGGAAAUGGCUGGACAAAAACAAAGCGGACGGGAAGAUAAAGCGUGUGAUCUAUCCAAAGUAUUGACAUUUAUUCAACCAGCCAAUGGUUCGGUCAGUAUUACUAGUGAAUAUUCAUUACACGACGUGCUCGUAUCAACGAUCCUUUGGUUAUUUACUCACACUAAUGUUGUUCCAAACUUGCAUGACUUUGAAACACAUAAGAAGAUCUCCAUACUGUGACAGUCAAUGGAUUCCAAUGUUGUUUGGACCCAAACAUUGUU